AUGCCGAGUACCUCAGAGGCGGCGACGUCCGGAGGCGGGAGCGGUAUCCGGGCCUGGGCCGGCGGUUCCGAAUCGCCAGCGGCAGAAAAAAAGCGUUUGCAUCACCGGAGGCGGAAGCGCUACGCUUCGGCGCAGCAGCCUCCCCCGUUGCCUCCGUCACCUGUGGCGGGCCCGCCGGCACCUUCGCUGCUGUUCCCGCUGCUGCAGCCCUCGCUCCUGCAGCCGCCGCUGCCGCCGCAGUCUCUGCUGUUCCUGGCGGCCACUGGCGGCGCCGCCUCCUCCUGCUGUGGGGAAGGGGGGGAGCGGAAGCGACCGCGAGGCAAGCGGCGAGCGGGGACUCGGGCCAAACGGCGGCGCGGCAGAUCAGGGGGUGCAGGUGCAGGUAACUCAGGGGCGGCCCUCGCAGCCUCGGAGCGGCGCGGGAUUGGGGCGGGAUUGGGGCCACUAGUGGAGGGGACGGCCGAAGAAUACGACGACGUAAGCUCCCAGUCGGAGGGACCAGUGGGAGGCGGGACGGCUGGGGUAGGGAGCGGCGGCGGGAGCCCGGCGUCCUCUGGUGGCGGCGGGGGCAACCAACCGCGCUCAAGCCGCGGUGAGGCGGAUCGGAGCAUCCGGCGGCCGCGCAGGGAACACCGCAGCAACAGUGGGCGUCGCUCUCGGGAGCGGCACCGGGAACACCACAGGCGGGGGGUGGACAAGGACAAGGCGCCGUUACAGCAGGAGGGGGUGGCCGCGGCUGCCAGGGGGGGAGCUGAGGCCUCCUCUUCUUCAUCCAAGUCUCGCAGCCGCCACAAUCACAGCGGUGGCCAGGACCGGGAUGGCUCCCGGGGCGGCGGCGGCGGCGGCAGCGACGGCCGCAGGAAGGGCUCAGCUGCGUCGCCUAGUAGCAGUCGGAAAGACCGGGAAACUAAAAGCCACCGGAACCGGACGAAAGCAGGCAAAGAGCCUCCCUCAGCUUACAAGGAACCGCCUAAAGCCUACCGGGAGGAUAAGACAGAACCCAGGGCCUACAGGCGGCAACGAUCGUCCCCUAGUCCUUAUCGAGAUGACAGCCCAACUAGCCACAGAGCUUCACAAAGCCAACGGAACCGCAAGUCCCCCAGUCCCCGGUCUUCUCUUAGUCCUUAUUGGCGUCGGUCACCCAGCUACAGCCGGCACAGUUCUUUCGAGUGUGGUGGGGAUGUAUCACCGAGUCUUUACAGACGUCGCUCGCGCAGCCCUUAUAGUCCAGCCAUCAGAAAACCAGCAAAAUCCAGAAGCAGAAGUCCUUAUUCAUCAAGACAUUCACGAUCUCGUAGUAGACACAGAUUGUCAAGAUCCAGAAGUCGGCAGUCCAGUAUUUCUCCAAGUACUCUGACUCUAAAAAGCAGCCUGGGGGCUGAGCUGAACAAAAACAAAAAAGCCAGGGCAGCAGAGGCAGCUAAAGCCAAUGCAAAAGUUUCAAACACCUCUACACCUACUAAGGGAAUUGACAUAGGAAUUGCUGUACAACAAGUGAACAAUGUAAAGGAAGUAAAAAAGAUAAAAAUAGAAAAUAUAUCUUCUCCUUUAAAUAGUUCAAGCUUGAAAAAUGAUAAGACAAAAACAAAAGUUCCUAUUCAGGAAACUAAAGUGAAAAACAAUGUGACUGUAGAGAAAGUGGCUAAACAGAAAGUUUUAGCAGCAAAAGAAAAUAAAACAACCCUUGUGAAACCAACAACACAACCUGUUGCAGUAAAAGAGAAGAAUAAACCUCAUAUCCUAACUGCAGCAUCUAAGGAGAAAGACUGUAGUGUUGCGCCAAUCACUUCCACUCUGCCACCCUUGCCUCUUCCUCCCAUGCUGCCUGAAGAUAAAGAUACAGAUUGUUUGCAAGGUAACAUUUCAGUAAAAGCAGUGAAAAAAGAAGUGGAGAAGAAAUUACGCCAUUUGCUUGCAGACUUGCCAUUGCCACCUGAGUUACCUGGAGGAGAUGAUAUAUCCCAAAGCCCAGAAGAGAAAAGGAUACUAGUGCCAUCACAUCAUAAAAAGAGACCGAAGAUAUGUGGACCACGUCAUGGUGAAACAAAGCAGAAAGAAAUUGACUGGGGGAAACGUUGUGUAGAUAAGUUUGAUAUCAUUGGCAUUAUUGGAGAAGGCACCUAUGGGCAAGUUUACAAAGCCAGAGAUAAAGAUACAGGGGAAAUGGUGGCAUUAAAGAAAGUACGAUUGGAUAAUGAAAAAGAAGGUUUUCCUAUUACAGCUAUUAGGGAAAUAAAGAUUCUUCGACAACUAAAUCAUCCAAGUAUAAUCAACAUGAAAGAAAUAGUGACAGAUAAGGAAGAUGCUUUAGAUUUCAAGAAAGAUAAAGGUGCUUUCUACCUUGUAUUUGAAUAUAUGGAUCAUGAUCUCAUGGGGCUUCUGGAAUCUGGCUUGGUUCAUUUUGAUGAAAGUCAUAUUAAAUCUUUCAUGAAGCAAUUGAUGGAAGGCUUAGAUUACUGCCAUAAGAAGAAUUUCUUACAUCGAGAUAUUAAAUGUUCUAACAUCUUAUUAAACAACAGAGGGCAGAUCAAGCUUGCAGAUUUUGGUCUUGCUCGCCUGUACAGCUCUGAAGAGAGUCGCCCAUAUACCAACAAAGUUAUCACUUUAUGGUACCGUCCCCCUGAACUUCUGCUAGGAGAGGAACGAUACACACCUGCCAUUGAUGUUUGGAGCUGUGGAUGUAUCCUGGGUGAACUUUUUACUAAAAAGCCAAUAUUUCAAGCAAAUCAGGAACUUGCUCAGCUGGAACUGAUAAGCCGCAUAUGUGGAAGUCCUUGUCCUGCAGUAUGGCCUGAUGUUAUAAAAUUGGCGUAUUUCAAUACCAUGAAACCAAAGAAGCAGUAUCGCCGAAGACUGAGGGAAGAGUUUGCUUUUAUUCCUGCAGCUGCACUAGAUCUCUUUGAUUACAUGCUUGCUCUUGAUCCCAGCAAACGCUGCACAGCAGAACAGGCACUUCAGUGUGAAUUUCUGAGAGAUGUGGACCCUUCAAAGAUGCCUCCACCAGAUCUUCCUUUAUGGCAAGAUUGCCAUGAACUGUGGAGUAAGAAACGUAGAAGGCAAAAGCAAAUGGGCAUGACUGAUGAUGCAGCUAAAGUUCCAAGAAAGGAUUUAUCUUUGGGGAUGGAUGAUAGCAGAGCCAACACACCCCAGGGUUUGCAGACCUCUUCACAAAUGAAGAUGCAGAGCAACUCUAAUAUAGCCCUUGUGAAAGCAGGCAGUGGUCAGCCACUAAAUCAAAAUGAAGUGGCAAUUCUCCUAAACCUGCUCCAGUCUAAAACUAGUAUUAAUAUGGCACAAUUUGCUCAAGUGCUGAACAUUAAAAUGAAUCCUGAGACUGAGCAACAACUGAAUAAAAUAAAUCUUCCACCUGGCAUUUUGGAUGUGGCUGAAAAACAGCCUGAGCAACAACAACAGCAACAACAACCGCCACCGCCACCACCACCACCUAAGCCACCACUGCCUCCCUCACCAGAUCAAGAGCCUUUAAAGCAAACAGCAACACCACAGCUUUCUGUGCAAGCCACUCCAUUGACCCAAUCUAAAGUUGACACAGAAGUUACCCAAGCAGCUGUGCAGAGUGCAUUUACAGUUUUGUUAUCUCAGUUAUUAAAAGCUCAACAAUUGAAGCAAAAAGAAAAUUUCCUAGAAGAAAAGGAAAAUGGAUCAGGACAUGACAUGCCAUUACAACCAAGACAGCCUCCAGAGCCAAGUACACCAGCAUCUGGCAAUUGGGAAGAUGUAGAAUCACCGGCAUCUGUUUAUCCCCAUCUGAUUAAAUCAUUAUACACAUGUGCAGGACAAGAUGACUUGGUGAGACCCCCUGAAAUGAAACCUCAAACCCCAGAAGAACGUCCUCGUAUCUUGCCACCAGAUCAACGACCCCCCGAACCACCUGAACCACCACCAGUUACUGAAGAAGACCUUGAUUAUCGGACAGCGAAUCAACACUUACCUUCAAUUAGUAGCUCUUCGGGGAUGGAUCCUCAUGCUGGAGUAAAAGCAGCUCUUUUAGAGCUGCUGGCUCAUCACCAGGCUCAAACAUCUGAGAAACCAGCAACAUCUAAUGUGGAGUUCCAGCCAAGAGAUUCCUUUGUAGCAGGUCCAAACUAUAAAGAUAGUUUUGUAUCUACUACAUUCUCUUGUGCCCACUAUAGUGGUAGUGAUGGAAUAGGAAAUGUAUCCUCUGGGACAUUAGAAAGGGCAAAUUUUGUUGGAAAUUCAGAUAUUCAACCCUUGGAGAACUAUAAUAUUGCUUCAUCUCAUUCAAGUAGUGCCCUUCCAACUCCUGCCUUUUCAGAACCAUUUCAUAGCUCAGUAACUCGUUAUGGAGACAUUUACCUCAACACUGGUUCCAUGCUAUUUAGUGGAGAUAAGGAUCAUAGAUUUGAAUAUAGCCAUGGUCCCAUCACAGUACUGGAAAAUAGUGGCAAUUCAGUUGGAAUGUCUGGGUCUGAAAGUACUCAUUCUCAUUCUUUGUCUUCAAAGAUGCAGAACUAUAGCUAUGGAAGUAAUUUACAAGAACCUCCUGCCACUGGCAGCCACAUUCAUGGACAAACUUGGACUUCUCCUGCUCAAGGACCUGGAUAUUCACAAGGAUACAGGGGACAUAUUAGUACAUCAGCAGUCAGAGGUCGAGGCAGAGGAUUGCCAUACUGAGCUGCUGCUCUUUUCUCUUUCCCCCUGGCCCUCAGGCACGUCAUUUGUAUCUGGAAAUACUUUUUAGCUGUGAUUUCAAACAGCAGUCCAACAGACUUGAAUAAUGUUAAUUCAGCAGCUUUAUUUUUAUUCAGAAAAGGAUCUUGCAUACAAUAGGAAAUUGCUUACAACUUAUGCUGUUCUGAAAAUCCAGAUAAUUAUUCAUCUUUCAAAUUCUAGCUAUAAAUUUUAUAUUUUGGCAGUUCUAAGUCAAUGCUAAAUUUAGGGACAUCAGCUUUUUAAGGCACACUACUAAGAUCUGAACUAUGCACACAAUUUGUGCUUUUUUUGUAAGUUUGGACCAACUUUUAUGUAAAAAUUUUACAAAACCAAAACAGGGCACUGAUUUAUUUGGUAUUUCUUUUUACAAAACUACCUUUAGUCAAGAAGUCACUAUCAGUCUUUGCACUGCUUUCAGUGUUAUCUGUGGAAAUGUUUGUGCUCAUUUCAGACAAUAAAAUAGUCACUCUUGAUACUGUU